AUGGCAGAUACAGAGCCCAAGGUCCAAGACGAAAUUAUGGCCCACGAUGAGGAGGGUAAUGAUGAGGAGGAGAUCUCAGCGAUGAAGAAGCGUGUAGCAGAGAUGGAAGAGGAGGCAGCUAAACUUCGAGAGAUGCAGGCGACGUUGGAUCAGCAGAGCCAUGAUCUGUCAGAGGACAAGGAGGACAUCGACUCGAGAAGUAUAUUCGUUGGCAACGUCGACUACGCCGCCUCGCCGGAGGAGAUUCAAGCCCAUUUCCAAAGCUGUGGCUCCAUCAAUCGGGUUACCAUCCUGUUGGACAAGUUCACUGGCCAUCCCAAGGGGUAUGCGUACGUGGAGUUCACAGAGCCAAGUCUCGUUGCCCAAGCGCUUGUUCUCAACGAGAGCGUCUUCAGAGGACGUAACUUGAAGGUCGUUCCCAAGCGUACCAAUGUCCCAGGUAUGACACGCGGUGGUGGUCGGGGUGGUCGAGGAGGUCCAGGUCGCGGUCGUGGUCGAGGCCGUGGCUUUGAUACGGGCUAUGCUCCAAGAGGAGGUGGUGGUGGGUACCGCGGCGGUUACAGAGGUAACCGUGGACGUGGUUUUGCUCCAUAUUAA